AUUUAAUGUUAUUUGUUAUUUGAAGUGACGUUUCAAUCAAUAAUACUUAUUUUAAGAAAAAAUCAGUAAAAUCAUUAAUGUUAUUUGUGUUUUAAUUAAGAAAAAAAUAUUUAUUUUAACAAUAAAAAUUAAUUAUGGCUGUUUAUAGUAUUUGGAUUAAUGAAAAAAAAAUUAAUGCAAUAUUUGAUGAAAAACCAAAUGGUUUUAUUAAAAAAAUAAAAAAUAUAAAAAAUUAUUUAUUUAUUUUAACAACAAAUAAACAAAUUUAUUUCUCUAAAAUUAAUGAGUUAGAAGAUUUUGUUAAAUUUGAUAUUAUUAAUUUCAUUGCUAUUGAUAUUGAUUGUAAUUCAGAGUAUUUAUUUAUUGUUAAUGAUAAUGAUGGUGCAGUUGUUAAAAUUUCACCAUGUAAUUUUGAAAUUAUUGAGACAAUUUUCUUGAAGGAAAAUGCCAAAUUUUGUAGUCAUGGAUGUAAACAAAAUGAAAAAUUAAUUAAAGUUAAAUCAAUUGCUGUUAAUGAUUCAUCAUCAUUAUUUAUAACAGAAAAUGAUGAAUUAUGGGCAAAUGGAAAUAUUCCUCAAAUCGAUAUUAAAUGUGAUACACCAAAAAAAGUCAUAUUUUUUGAUGGUAGAAUAAUAUCAAGUAUUUCAUGUGGUGUUAAUUUUUGGAUUGCAAUAUCUCGUAAAAUACCAGAUACAUCAAAUGACGAUACUGAUGAUGAAAAUGAUAAUGAAAAAAUAUAUAUAAAUAAUUGUUCAAAAUGUACUGAUGAAAUUAAUGAUAAUGAAAAAUCAUUUUGUCAUAUAAAUGAUAGUAAAAUUGAUAAAAAAAGUGAUAAAUUGACAGAUUUAAAUGGCUCCGUUAAUAGAAAUUUUAGAACAAGAAAAUUAUCACGUGUAUCAUCUUCAGGCGAUGACGUUGGUGAUGAUAAUAAUAAUAACAAUUAUGAAGACAUAUCAAAUUCAUCAAAAAUACUACGACAAAAUGUAUCAAAUGUUGCAAAUUUUGUUUGUGAAGGUGUUAAAUUAAUAAGUGAUAAAGUUACAAAUUUAUCACGUCAAAUGAGUAGUAAUGAUAAUGAUAAAAUACGUUUAACAGAUAUGAGUAUGAAAUUAACAUUAUCUCCAGAAUCACCACGUCAAAAUUCAUUUAGAAAUGAUGAUGAACCAUCAAGUAUUGGUUCGUCAUUUGAAUAUCAUGAUUCAACACAACAUGGUUUAAAUGAAAAAACUUUUAUUGAUGCUGGUAAUAGCUUAUUAUCGAGUGAGGUAUGGGCAUGGGGUGAUACAAAUUAUGGACAACUUGGUACUGCUGAUAAUGUACCAAGAUCAAAACCAGUACUCAUCACUAAACUACAAAAUACUGGUAUACAAAAAAUAUCUUGUGGUGCAUAUCAUACACUUGCAUUGACACUCGAUGGACGUGUAUUUUCAUGGGGAAAAAAUACUUAUAAUCAAAUUACAAAUGACACAUCAUUACAUCAAAGUUCACCAAAACAAAUAAAUCCAAUGAAAAAAACAAACUUUGAUGCAAGAGCAACAGAUGUAUCAGCUGGUGAACAACACAGUUUAAUUAUUAUUAAUCAAGAAAUUUAUUUAAUUGGAAAAAUAAAUAAUAACAAUAAUAAUAGUCAAGAAAAUCAUGAUGGUGAUGUUGAUGAUAGUAUUAAAAAACUUGAUACAAUUGAUGAAACAUCAAGUAUAAAUUAUUUAUCAAGUUCAGGUAAAUUUACAAUUUAUUCAUUAAAUAAUAAACCAGAUAUAAUAAUAAAUCAAAAUAAUAUAAAUAAUGAAAAAUGUUUAUUAGAAGAAAUGAUAAUUGUUAGUCAAAAUUUAAUUAAAAAAUUACAAAAAAAAACAUCAGCAACAAAAGAAUUAAAUGCAUAUGAAAAAUUAUGUAAUUCAUAUUUAGAAUUAAUGUCAUUAACAGCACUUAAUGUUAAAAGUAUAAAUGAUUAUAUAAAUAAUAAAUUAAAAAUAUAUGAAAUAUUGCUAAUUAUAAAUGUUGAUGAAUUUACAAAUGUUUAUAGAUAUUACAUUACAUCAGUAUGUGAUGUAAUAUCCCUUGAUGGCUUUAAAAAAAUGGCAAAAAUAAUGCCUGAACAAUCAGAUAAUAUACGUAAGCUAUAUUAUCCAAUUGAUAAUUGGAAAAAAAUAACAAUUGAAGAUCUCAUAACAAAUGCAUUACAAUCACCAAUUAAUAAAUUGAAAAAUUAUUUAUUAUUAAUAUUAGAUAUAAUAAAUAAUAAUAAAUUAAAUUUAUAUAAUGAUUAUUUAAAAAAAGCAAAAUUAAAAUGGGAACGUUUGUGUAAUGAUGGAAAAAUAUAUCUUGAUGAAGCAAUUAUAACACGUAAUUUUUGGGAUAAUUUUGGUAAAUCAAUUGAUAUACAAAAAUCACCAGAAAGAAGAUUAAUACGUGAAUCACGUACACAUCCAUUAUCAAUAAUGAAUUACAGUCGUUUUACAAGUCAUUGGUUUAUAUUAUUAAAUGAUAUAUUUAUACAUACAACUGGUACAUCAAAUCAUACAGUAUAUUCAUUAUCAACAAUUUGGAUUGAAUCAAUUGGUGAUAGUGAAACAUCAAAAAAUACAAUAUCAAUGAUAACACCAGAAAAAAAUUUUUUAUUUUAUACAUCAACAUCAAUUGAAAAAAAUGAAUGGUUAAAUGCAUUUCAAAUGGCUAUUAAAAAAAAUGUACAAAAAUUUAUUGGUAAAAAUCCACCACGUUCACGUACUGCAUCAUAUACAUUUUUAAAACAUUCAUUAUUUAAAGAUGCACAUUAUAAUGGUCGUUGGUUAAAUGGUAAACCACAUGGUUUUGGUGAAAUGAAAUGGCGUGAUGGUAAAAUAUAUACUGGUGAAUUUUACAAUGGUUUUAUUCAUGGUAAUGGUAAAAUUAAAUAUCCAUUAGUUGGUACAUAUGAUGGUGAAUGGAUUGAUGGAAAACAAAAUGGUUUUGGACAUUAUCAAUAUGAAAAUGGUGAUAUUUAUGAUGGCUGGUUUAAAGAUGAUUUACCACAUGGACAUGGAGUUAAACAAGAGGGUCAUUUAAUGACUGAAAUUGCAUCAUUAUAUAUUGGUGAUUGGUCAGGUGGUUUAAAGCAUGGCUAUGGUAUUAAAGAUGAUCAAAUGACAGGAGAAAAAUAUCUUGGAUCUUGGUAUAAUGAUCUUAAACAUGGUACUGGUAUUAUUGUAACACUUGAUGGUAUUUAUUAUGAGGGUGAAUUUGUCAAUGGCAUUAUGACAGGACAUGGUUUAAUGGUAUUUGAUGAUGGUACACAUUAUGAGGGUGAAAUAAAAUCAGCUGGAUGUUUUGGUGGUAAAGGAAUAUUAGAAUUACAAAAUGGCUUUACAAUUGAUGGUAUUAUACAUGGUAAUUGGAAUGAAAAUAUCAAAGUAAUAGCAACAUUACAAUUAAAUAAAAAAAAUGAUGAUAAAAAAAAAUAUAAUAUUACAAAACCACCAUCAUUUAGUAAAAUUGGUGUAUUACCAAAUCAAAAAUGGAAAUCAAUAUUUCGUCAAUGUUAUGAAUUACUUGGUUUAGUUGAUCCAGCAAGUCGUUCAUUAAUGUCAUUUGAUAAAUCACCAGAUACUCAACGUAUUUGGGAAAAUCUUGCUGUUGUAAUAAAUAAAUCACUUCAAAAAACAACAAUUGACGCAAAUUAUAAUUCAUCAUUAAAAUAUCGUGAUAAAGAUUUAUCAAUAAGUGAUGAAUUAAGUAAAAUACCAAAAUUUGGACGUGAUGAUUUAACUGUUGAAUCAUAUGAAUUAAUACAAAAUUAUUUAACUGGUGCAUUUGCAUCAGUUCAUCAUCCACUUGGUUGGUUAUUAUCUGAAAUGGCUAGUGUAUUUAACGCCAGUUAUGGUGGUGUUAGAGUUCAUCCAUUAUUAUUAACACAUGCUGUUGGUGAAAUAAGAAGUAUAACUGAACGUCUUUAUGAACUUGUUAAUUUAUUUUUUCCAGCAUUACCAAAAUAUGGUCUUGAUAUGGUAUUAAAAAUUGAUAAUGGUGAAGCACCGUUGAUAAGUGCUGAUGGAUUAUUACAUCCAAUAUUAUUACCACAAGUUAAUUCAGCAUUAUUUGUAUUAUAUGCAUUACAUAAUAAAAAAGAAGAUGAUGCAUAUUGGGAAAGACUUAUUAAAUGGAAUAGACAAAAUGAUGAAAGAUUAAUGGAAUUAUUAGAUGUUGAUAAAAAAUUUUGGAAUAAAAAUUUUAUGAAUAAAAAAGAUGAUAUUUAUUUUAAUGAUGCUAUUGAAAAUUUACAACAAUUAAAAACAACAUUUUCACCAUUAGAAAAAUUAAUGGUUAUUAAAAAAACAUUUGAAAAAGUUACAAAAGAAGUACAGCAAGAUUUUGGAAGUGUCUACAUGUGGUCAAUGGAUGAAUUAUUUCCAGUUAUUAAUUUUGUUGUAAUACGUGCUGGUGUACUACAAUUAGGAAGCGAAAUAAAUUUAAUUGAAGAUUUUAUGGAACCAUAUGUUUCAAAUGGUGAGCUUGGAAUAAUGUUUUCAACAUUAAAGGCAUCUUAUCAUCAAGUUCUCAAUGAAAAAAUUGACAUGACUGAUUGAUUUAACAGUUUAAAAAUAAAUAAAUAAAUAUUUUCAUGGAUAUCAACUGUUUAAAGUUAACAAGACAAUUAAUUUUGGUGUAUAUAUGUAUACUUAAUAAAAAUAAAUGUGAUUAAAUUAUGCUCAUAGAGCAUAAUUCAGAUUUCUUGAUCAAAAAAAAAAAAAACAAACUGUUUAAAUUUUAAAUAUUAAUAUGUAUAAAUGUAUAUUUAAUUUCUCCGCACUGAUUAUUAUUUAAAUUUAAAAAAAAAAAAAACUAUUUUAUUAUUGUUAAAUAUUUAUUUGAAAAAUAAAAAAUAUAAUAAUUGAUGAGAAAAAUAAUUAUUUGUACCGAAAAA